UAUAUAUUUGGAUGUAAUAUAAUUUUAAAUGUGAUAUUUAUUUAUACAAUAAAAGACUAUGUCUAAAACAACAUUCACGCUACAACAUCAUCAAGAUCACUUGCGAUAUUUAGAUAUGCUAAAAGAAGAGUUUCUCAAGAAGUUUCGCGACCCACCAGCGCCACAGACGUCUGUUGACCAAUAUGAUAAAAUUAAAGCAAUCGGGAAUGGAGCUUACGGUGAAGUGUUUUUAGUUAGAGAUAAAUGUACGUUUGCUUACCACGCUAUGAAAGUCGUCGAUAAAAGCGUGGUAGUUGAAAGGAGACAUGUGAAACACUUAGUACUAGAAAAGAAAAUUCUUCAGUGUGUACAAUUUCCAUUUAUUGUAGCUUUAGACGACGCUUUUAAAGACAAUGUGUAUUUAUACUUCGUAUUGCCCUUUAUUCCCGGAGGAGAAAUGUUUACUUACAUAGCAAAAUAUGGCAAUUUCAGUGAAGACCUGGCAAAAUUUUACGCAGCUCAAAUGGUUCUUGCAUUGGAAUAUUUACAUUAUUGUCGUAUAAUUCAUCGCGACAUAAAACCUGAAAAUAUAUUGAUAAAUACAAAUGGUUAUUGUAAAUUGUGUGAUUUCGGAUUCUGCAAAAUUAUUAAGAAAAAAACGUGGACUCUAUGUGGAACCCCUGAAUAUUUAGCACCAGAGAUCAUUAUGUCCAAAGGUUAUACUUUUUCAGUGGACUGGUGGGCGCUUGGUAUAUUAAUUUACGAAAUGGUAGAAGGAAACCCACCAUUUUUUGCAUCCGAUCCCAGCAAACUUUAUGAAAAAGUUUUAGAUGGCCAUUUUAAAUAUCCAGAAAAUAUGAGUCAGGAUGGUAAGCUUGUCAUCAAGGCGUUUUUGCAAAGUGAUCCAUUAAAACGUUUGGGUUCCAAGAAAGACGGCGUUCACGACAUAAAAAGCCACGGUUGGUUUGCUGAAACACAAUGGUCAAAUAUACUGCAUCAAAGAAUGGAACCUCCGUUUAAACCGUCUUGUGAAACUCCUGGAGAUACCAAAAACUUUCCUGACAUAACUCAGCCAAAACUGCAAAAGUCUUCGGUAUGUCUUUAUGAAACGGAAUUUGAAGACUUUUAAAAUAAUUUAAAUAUGAGCUCCUGUAUGCUGCUGUCUGUUUUGGAUCGGGAUGCUGUAUUAAUGUUAAUAAGACGAAUUUUAAGAUUGAUUGCAGAAACAUGUAACUGCGCCUAAGUGUAAAGUUAAUGUAGAGAACUUAGUAAAAUAUAUUAUUUACAAUAGCUCCAUACUUCGUAUUAUGUUUUUUUUUUAUAUAUAUUUGGUCAGCAACUUGUUAUGUGUCUGUAACGUGUUUUUGUGUGUUGGUACGAAAUAUUUUUCGCCAGAUCGUUUAAGACUGUUUUAUAAUGUAAUUUUUAGUUCUAUUAAAAUAAAUAAAUGGCGA